AUGGUGGCGGGCCGGAAAAGGCCCCGUGUGUGUGUGUGUUGUGGUGGUGGCACGGCUGCUGUUGUCUUGGCAGAGGUGCGGCCGUCUCACGUGUACUGUCCCUCAGGGAGCGCCGAUGCUAUCCUCGCGCUGGUCAACGCAGGCGCCAGCGUUAGCGCCGAGGACAAGGAUGGGCUAACAGCGCUGCACUGCGCGGCGUCACGGGGUCACCUGGACUGCUUGGACUGCCUGGUGACCCUCUGCGGGGCCGAAGUGGACACCUUGGACAGUAACGGGUGCACGCCGCUGUUCUAUGCCGUCACGCUGGGGCACGCUGACUGUACCCAGCUGCUCCUUCACCACGGCGCGCACACCGACCGCCAGGAUCGCAAAGGGCGCACGCCAGCGCACUGUGGAGCGGCGAAGGGCCAGCUUGAGACCCUGAAACUGCUGCACCAGAAGGGCGCUGACCUGUGGAGGCGCAACGUUAAAGGCGACCUCCCGCUCCACGAGGCGUGCCAGUCCGGCAGGAAGGAUCUCGUCGUAUGGCUGUUAUCCAUGCGGCCUGACACAGUCAACGCUCCUAACCUCGACGGCCGGUGUCCACUCCACAUAGCUGCUAUUAAUAACAAUAUAGAAAUGUGCAAGAUCCUUAUGGAUCAACAGGCGGCGGUAAAUCCCAUCAUGCGAAACUCCAGGGGGCAGUUGCUCACCCCCCUGGACGCCGCCGUGGCCCGCAGUAAUCGCGGCUGUGCGAAGUACUUGCAGCUGCACGGAGGCGUUCCAGCCUCAAAGUUAACCGACAAACACGCACUUCAAAAAGCCAUGCAGAGAGCCCUAGAGGCGAGUCAGCACGGCAGCACGGGAGCCACGCCCAGCGACCUCACGGGCGACGAGCUCAUGAGUUCCUCCGCCUCCUCGGCGCUCAAGUCCAACCGCUCCACCAUGACGGCGUCGCCCGUGAACACCGAGGCGCAGACGGACACGGGCGACCUGAAGCGCGGGGGGGCGGGGGACGCGGAGACCAGGAAGCCCCAGAGCAGAGACGCGCAGGAGUCCGGCUACAGUGACUCACUCAUGCCGGAACGCGACUCUGACGAAGACGGACCGACGGACCCCGAACGCAACACCGACGACGAGGACGGCGCGCCCCACGCCUCCAAGAAGACGAAAACGAAAACCAGGCGGAAGAGGGCGCAGAAGCAGAGGGAGGACCGUCAGGGCGCGAUGGUCAUAGCGGAGGACGUAGAAGGGGGCGGCAGCGGUAGCGGCGGCGGCGGUGGUGGCGGCGACGGCGACGGCGGCGACGGAAGCGGUUUUGGCAGCGGCGGCGACGGAAGCGGUUUUGGCGGCGGCGGCGGCGGCGGAAGCGGCGGUGGCAGCGGCGGCGGCAGUGGCGACGGAUUCGGCGGUGGUGUUGGCGUGGGCGGCGGCAGAAGAAACGACGAAUUGGAUGGCGACAGUAGUGUAGACGGUAGAGCGAGGAGGAGGAGAGGGCGGGCCAGUGGCGACGCGGGCUCCGACGAGGACUUCCCAGACGAUGGAGUCUGGGGAGGAUCCGGCGCUGAGGACGACGAAGAGGGCGACGAAGAUGCCCUCAGGAAGCUCGGAGUGUCGGGUCACAGACGACCUGGUGUCAGAAGAGGUCAGGUCAAGUCCGGUGCAAUGAGUGGUGGACCCAAGAAGGUGGAAAACAUGGAAUCCAAUUUGCGACGUCGAAACAAGAAAGGAAUAUCUCCCCCAACCGAAAUGUCCAUCACGCAAGCCAUGCAAGCAACAAUGCGCAAAUACGCCUUAGAGAGACGGUUGUUCCAGCAACUCCUGGAACUGAAGAGAGUCCAGAUCAAAAACACACGAGCCAACGAGCAGGUGCUGAUCAAGCGGAUGGUGGACGCGUAUAUGAAGGAGGGCGUCCAGUUGGGCAUCAGAGGCUAUAACGGGCCCUAUAACUUCCAGAGUUACGAAAAAUAUCUCUACGACCAGCUCCGAUACCUCCAGAGUUCCCAGAGCAACAAGAUUCCGGCCUUCAAGCCCUCCGACGACGUGGAGCGCCUCAGUCGAGCUCUUCGGCGCCAGGAGAUCCUGGAGCUUCCUGACCCUCUCAUGACCCCACGUGAUCCUCACACUUGUAACCACACUACGCAUCGCUGUCACCAUGCAGCACACGCCUACACGGGCGUGCCCUGCGCUGCUUAUUUGGGCCAUCGAGGGAAGAAGAAGAAUCAGCUCUCUCUCCCGAAGAUCGCCGGCAGCACCAACGCCAACGGGAGCAGCUCCUCCCUGGGGGCGUCUCCAGGACCUGCCUCAGGCGGGAGCCUAGGUCGCAAUCGCCCGGGGGAACCCAUUGGUCUGCGGAACUAUGACCCCAAGAGACCCCUCACUGUUGAACUGCAGCACGGUAACACGAGGCAGCAGAUCACUCUCCCUACAGAGAUCCUCGACAAGAAUAAGAAGUACCAUCUAACCUUCACCAUUAAGCCGUCCGCGCCAGGCCAGGAGGGGCUGUCUCCAUCGAAGGACGAGUCGGCGUCUCCCAAGCGCUCAGCCUCGGCGCCGGAGGGCAUUGUGCCGGACGAGGCGGUGCAGGCAGAGCCACGGCCAGAACUCCGCUCAGCACCGGCAGAGGGCAGGACCGAGGCCAGUGUCAAUGAUUAAAAUACUGGAACUUUAAGGGGGAAAAAAAUGGAUGAGCCAGUCAGCAUGUAGACGUUCGUUUGGGGUCUACUGUAAGAUGGCUUGUAUGUUCUGAGAUAUGGCAGUCCAAACUCACAUUCCUCGGCUUAGUGUAGGACAAUGAUGAGAUAUUCUUGGGCUGUUUAGCAUCACGUGGUAUCUUGCCAGAGGUAGGCUCCUUACUUGUGCGUGUCCACCGCAGGACAUUACCAAGUGCCUGAGCCAUUGUGAUAGACUCCUUGGGGAACAGUUGUAUAUUUUUCAAAGCAGACGUACAUGGGCAUUUGAUUCUGAAAGAUGUACAUGAUAUUACACCGAGAGAUGGGAACAACUAUUAAUCUAUCAUAUUUUUCUUCAGAUUUAACUGUUUACAAUGUGAUAUCCAUGCUGUACAGUAUUUCCAUGUAAACAUUGAUGUCAUGAACUUCAUUCAAUAUUAGUAUUCGGUGUAAUUUUACCACGUUUUUAGUUAAUCAGGUAUGCGAGUCAUAUUUUGUAGAUAAUCAAGUUAUAUCAAAUUAAUCAGUUGAACUUUAAUAUGCUGCUAAUUUGGUUGGAGAACCCUUCCCAUUUCUUUUUACUCAAAGAAAUUGAAACCCUCUUUCUGGGUUGCCUUUGAGUAUUUUCAGUUUUACGCGAGUUUUGCACUAAAUUCAAAAUGAUAGA